GUCUCUGUACUGGGAAAGGUGGAAUCAGCAGCCAGCAUCACCGACAGCAGCAUCAGCACCACUCGCAGCAUCCUGAGUGUAUCAGGAAACAAGAUGGAUCUCCCUUUGUCCGACGCAUUUUUUCAGGCGGACCUCUUUCGAGAGCUCCUGCUCAACGGCAGCUUCAAUGACAGCAUGUUCAACAGUACCAGCGACCGCUUCCUCCCGUUCGGGGUCCAGGUCACCAUUGUGGUGGUGUACCUCAUCGUCUGCGUGGUGGGGCUCGUGGGUAACUGUGCCGUCAUGUACGUCAUAGUCAGAUACACCAAGAUGAAAACCGCCACCAACAUCUACAUCUUUAAUCUGGCUCUGGCCGACGCACUGGUCCUGAUGACCCUCCCGUUUCAGGGCACGGACAUCAUCAUGGGGAUUUGGCCCUUCGGAAACGCCUUGUGUAAAAUCGCCAUUGCCAUCGAUUACUACAACAUGUUCACCAGCACGUUCACCCUGACCAUGAUGAGUGUCGACCGCUACAUCGCUAUCUGCCACCCGGUGAAGGCGCUUGAUAUCCGUACCCCGCACAAGGCCAAAGUGGUCAACGUCUGUAUCUGGAUUCUGGCCUCCUUCAUCGGUAUUCCCGUUAUGGUCAUGGGCUCAGCGGAGAUGGACAGUGAGGGUAUUGAGUGUAUGGUUCAAUUGCCUGAUCCUGAACAUUAUUGGGAACCGGUCUUCGGCACCUGUGUGUUCAUGUUUUCCUUUGUCAUUCCUGUCUUGAUUAUCACCAUCUGCUACAGCCUGAUGAUUAGACGACUGAAGAAAGUCCGCGUUUUGUCUGGGUCAAGGGAGAAAGAUCGUAACCUGAGGAGGAUCACCCGUUUGGUGUUGGUAGUCGUUGCCGUGUUUAUUAUCUGCUGGACCCCUGUCCAGAUCUUCGUGUUGGUGCAGAACCUUGGAGCCAAGCCCGACAGCGAUGUCAAGGUGGCUAUCCUUCUCUUCUGCAUCGCCCUGGGCUACAUCAAUAGCAGCCUUAAUCCAGUUCUCUAUGCCUUCUUAGAUGAGAACUUCAAGGCCUGCUUCAAGAAAUUUUGCUUCCCCGCCGCCUUCCGCCCUGAGCUGCAAAUGUCCAACCGCAUGUGCAGCAUUGCCAAAGAUGUUGCUUACGCCUGCAAGAACUCGGACGGUCCGAAUAAUCCAGCAUGACUAGGCAUGGAGCUGCCUAUGAUGGGCGGCGAAAUAGAUCAAGUAG